AAGGCCCUGCCACCUUCUUGACUCUUGCUGGGUACAGGAAAGCUCCCUGGCUCAAAUGAUACCAGUCAAAGUAAAUGGAAAAGAUGCAGAGGCGCUAGUGGACUCAGGAAGUGUGGUAACCCUCAUUCAACCCCACCUCCUCGACCAUUUGCCAUCUGAAGAGACUGUGCCCGUCUCCUGUGUCCAUGGGGACACUAAAUUAUACCCCACUUGCCUCAUCCACCUUACCACAGUUAAAGGCAGCUGUGAGAUGAAAGUGGGGGUGGUUCCUUCCCUACCAGUCCCAGUCUUGGUGGGGCGAGACUGCCCACUAUACAAGCGCCUGCGGCACCAGAAGGAGGUGAGUCCCAAAAAGCACAAGCGUGCCAAAGGAAAACGAGAGAGAGGACAAACUGCCACCCAGGGUACUUCUCCUCAGCAGUUCCCCAACGUUGUGUGUGCUGUGCCAGAGGAGCAGAGAGGCAACCAAUCUUCCAGUGCAGACGAGGCAAAUGAUAACCCUUUUGUUGCUUUCCCUGGAGACCUAAGCACAGGUCAUGAGGAGGGGGAAGUCUCAUUGCUUCCAAGUUUGAAGGGCCAGUUCGGGACCGCCCAGAUGGAAGACCCCAAUCUGUUGCAUGCACGCAGCAAUGUUACGGAAAUAGAGGGAAAACCAGUUCCAGGAGUGGGUGAGCUUACAUGUCCUCAUUUCCUAAUAAAAAAUAAUCUGUUAUACUAUGCCAAAGAGGUUGAAGGUCAGCGAAGAGACUUGUUGGUUGUCCCAAAACAAUAUGUGUCCACAGUGUUGCAUCUGGCUCACAGCCAUGUCCUAGGGGCCCACCUAGGGGUUGAGAAGACAAGGCAGCGGAUUGGGAGCCGGUUCCACUGGCCAGGGGUGGUAAGGGCUAUAGAGGAUUAUUGUCGCACCUGUGUUGAAUGUCAAAAGAUGAGUCCCAAGCCACACUUUAAAAGUCCCCUAAUACCUCUACCGAUAAUCGAUGUACCGUUUUCUCGCAUUGCCAUGGACUUAGUGGGGCCGCUGGUGAAGUCUGCCAGGGGACAUCAGUAUAUUCUUGUGAUCCUUGACUAUGCAACCAGGUACCCGGAGGCCAUUCCCUUGAGGAACAUGACAACGAGAGUGAUUGCACGGGAGCUGCUUCACCUGUUCAGUCGAGUUGGGAUUCCUAAAGAGAUGCUAACAGACCAAGGCACUCCCUUCAUGUCCAAGAUAAUGAAGGAUCUCUGCAGGCUCUUCAAGGGAAGUUCCACAGGCUUCAACCGGUUUCUCCCCCUUCGAGCUGCUGUAUGGCCGACAGCCCAGAGGACUUCUCGACAUCGCGAAGGAAGCCUGGGAGGAGCAACCAAGCCCCCAUCGGAGCCUGAUUGAGCAUGUAGAGACGAUGC